UUUCUUCUAAAUACCACUCUUUAAUUUCUCACACGCUUUCUUUCUAGGUAUAUUACAGCACAACAAUCCUAUUCUUGUCUAUUGAAUACUAUUUCUUUUACUUUAAAAAAAUAGGUGGACAAUUAUGUCCUUUGUAUAUACCUUGCCUUUUAAGUACACUUAUAUUUUCUACCAAUAUUUUCCUUUCUUCUUCUGUGACUCUCUUGCUAGCUAUCAACUCUUUUUCUCACACUAAUAAGUGACUACUACUUUCAUACUCAGAGAGGGCAUGCCUGAAUGUCCAGAGAAAGGGAGAGAUUUGAUGAGAUAGGGAAGAAGAUAAAAAGAGAAGGAGAUCAUGAUGUUUCAAAUUCAUCAAAUCAGAUGGGAAGAAGACAUAUGUUAGGUCCACCAGGAACCCUAAAUACUAUAACCCCUUGUGCAGCAUGUAAGCUAUUAAGAAGAAGAUGUGCUCAAGAGUGUCCCUUUUCUCCCUAUUUCUCUCCUCAUGAACCCCAAAAGUUUGCUUCUGUUCACAAAGUUUUUGGUGCCAGCAACGUCUCAAAAAUGCUUAUGGUAGCAGAAUGUUCAAGAGCAGAUGCAGCAAAUAGUCUUGUUUAUGAAGCAAAUGUGAGGCUAAGAGAUCCAGUUUAUGGAUGCAUGGGUGCAAUUUCUGCAUUGCAACAACAGGUUCAAUCUUUACAAGCAGAACUCAAUCUAUUAAGAGGUGAAAUACUUAAAUAUAAAUUAAGGGAAGCAGCUAACAUCAACAUGAAUAUGAAUAUGAAUAUGAAUAAUAUGAUACCUUCUUCUCAUCAACUUGCAAUGCUCCCUUCUAAUUCCUCUGUGGCUGUUUCUAUUGCUGCUCCACCGCCGCCGCCGCCGCCUCUUCCUCCACCUCCUAUUUCUUCUACAACUUCUAAUUCCUCUUCUUCCAUAUACUUUCAACAGAGGGAUCCCAACUAUAAUACAAUUUCAAGUGAUGAUAAUAUUUCCUAUUUUGGUUAAUUUUUACUGCUCACUAUAAAUUAUUAUUAUUAUUCCAUUUGUCAUCAAUCAAUUAAGGAUGAAUUAAGUACAGAAAAUGAGAGUAUUGAUGCUGGAUUUUGUUUGUUGUUAUCACCCUGAUGCAUGUCAUUAAUUAUUAUUAUUAUUAUUUUGGUUAUAUUGUCUUAAUCCAUAGUAUUAUUAAUGCCUAUGUGGAAUUAUAUAAUUAGUUAAACGUUAA